UGCUAGUCUCUAAAGAGCCUGGGGCUGCUGUUGACAGACAGACAGGGAGGGAGGCCGGAUCGGGCCCUUCUCCUCUGACUUCAUUUCAUGUCUUCGGACUGGUUCAAAAGGCGGUUCUUGAGCAGCAGGAGGCAAGAGGCAGCCCAGGAGCCGCAAUGGCCCGGGCAGCAUCAGCUCCUCCCUCCGCUGCCUUACAGGCGGCCCAAGUUCCUGCGCGGGGUCUGUUGCAUCGAGGAGCGACCGUCUGGCAAGAGACCCGUCCGCUCUCCUUCCCGGGACCGGCCUCUGCAGUGGGACACCGGCUAUGCUGAAACUAUCAAUGCACAAAAAUCAGAAUUCAAUGAAGACCAAGCAACAUGCUGCCAGAUUUCCAUCAGGAAGAACAACUAUGGCAAAGGGGAGGAUCAGGAAUGGCUGAUUUUGUGCUCUACUGAGUAUCUGACUGGCUAUUAUUGGGCACUGUUUGAUGGUCAUGGUGGUCCAGAAGUGGCUAUUAUGGCUUCCAACUACCUGCACUAUUGUAUCAAGCAGAAACUAGAGGAAGUGGUGGGGGGCAUUACUGAAGAACAUCCCCCAAUGCACCUCAAUGGACAGCAUGUUUGCCAAAGCGACCCACAGUUUGUGGAAGAAAAGCAAAUUCGGCAGAAAGAUGUUGUUAUUGGAGCAUUGGAGCAAGCCUUCCAGGAAUGUGAUGAGGUCAUUGGUCAGGAAAUGGAAGCUGCCAGCCAGUCAGGAGGCUGCACAGCCCUAGCUGCACUUUAUCUUCAGGGAAAGCUUUAUGUGGCAAAUGCAAGUGACAGCAGGGCACUCCUUGUUAGAAAACACAACUUCAUUCCUUUAAGUACUGAAUUCACCCCUGAGACAGAGAGGCAAAGAAUCCAGCACCUGGCUUUGAUGUACCCAGAGCUAUUAGGUGAUGAAUUCACCCGAUUUGAGUUUCCAAGGAGACUGAAAGGAGAUGAUGUGGGUCAGAAAGUCUUGUACCGGGAUUACUCUAUGCAAGGCUGGGGAUACAAGACAAUAGAGAAAGAUGACCUUAAGUAUCCUCUCAUCCACGGACACGGAAAACAGGCUCGGUUGCUUGGCACUCUGGCUGUGUCACGAGGCUUGGGAGAUCAUCAGUUGAAAGUCAUUGAAACAGAUAUUGAAGUGAAGCCUUUCCUUUCCUGUAUUCCCAAGGUGGAAAUGUUUGAUUUGACUGAACAAAACAUUAAGGAAGACGAUGUCCUCAUUAUGGCAACUGAUGGACUUUGGGAUGUUCUGCCAAAUGAAGAUGUGGCCCAAAUGGUCAGGAGUUUUCUUGAAGACAACAAAACUGACCCAUACAGGUUUUCAGAACUGGCCAAGUGUUUGGUGUGGAAAGCAAGGGGAAGGAAAGAUGGAUACUACUGGAUUCUACCCAACAACACCUCUGCUUCCUAUGAUGAUAUUUCAGUAUUUGUAAUUCCACUGCUUAACAAGGAUAUUGUUUCUAAGCAAAAAUAACUCUGCUGCUUUUUGGACAUAAUACCCAUUGCUGAGAUGGCAUGGAUAGGUUCGCAACACUCUGAAAAAUGUAAACUGUCAGACAGUGAAGACAGCUAGAAAGGACCAUGGAUAGUCUCAGAUUCCACCACUUCUGAAAGUUUAAUCUUGUUUCAUCUCAUAAAGAGCUUUUCUAAUAGAAGGCUGGGCUGGAGAUAUCUGGUGUGAUUUUCCCACUGGUUGUUCUGUGACUGGACCUUAGCCAUUUUGGUGGAAUUGCCUAUCUGGAACACCAUGAAAAGGGUACUACUACUACUGAUGUUAUAUUUUAUUUAAAACUAGCAGUCAAGCCCAUUGCAGGGGAAAAGGAAAUGGGUUCUACUCAAAGGUGUGUGUGUGUGUGGGAAGUGACCAUUUCCCCCAACAACUGUCCUGACUGGCUCCCCACCCACCCCCUUCUCCCUCUGCCCCGCACAGCUUCUUACCUACCUGUUGAUGAUGCUCUGUUCAUAGGAGUCUGGUAAGUGGGGGAAGGUGGUAUAAGGGGGCAAUGAGGUUGUUUUGGGGAGGGGGAGGGUGGAAAGGGAAGGCCUCUUGCUCUCAUUUUCCAUUGCACCAGGGUGGUUUCUUGCAGUCUUUUGAGCACAAUGCUGAAACAUAAGCCAAUGGGCAUGCAGGACAGUCCUGAGCACCCAUUGGUUGAGGGUUUGUAAUCACAUCUUGGUUGUUGACAAAUUAUAUAGGUAAAGAUAUUUAUAACUUGCCUUUUCCUUAAACUCUUUUGCUUCCCAUUGGGACCUAAAGCAGCUUUAGAAUUCAUAAUUAAAUGAACUGAAUAUCUCAGAAAAAUAAAAUAAGCAAAAUAAAGUGGCCUUGCAACUUCUGCUGAAACGUACAACAGUGCUCUUUUCAUGUCUUCUGGGAAGGCAGAGUUAUUAAAGGCUAGGUAUCUACCGUAAGAGGAAGCAGAACUAGAGGACUGUAAUCAGUGCACAGAGACAUAUGGAGAGGAACCGUUCUUCAGCUAUGCAAGGCUCUGAACUUGAAAUUCUGUUAGAAGCCAAUAUAAUACUUUUAAAACAGGUGAGAUCUUUCCUGCUAACACUUAAUAACUAGACUACUGUAUUCUGGUCUAGUUGAAGCUUCUGGGCUGUUUUCAAUAGCAGUCCCACCAUGUGGUUACAAAAGCAUAAAAGGAACCUCCAUGUCCAGACACAGUAGACCCAAAUACUAGGGCUAGGCGGGCCUUCUUGUUGUGGCACCAAAAAUGUCAAACUCCUUCCACAGGAAUAUUUGUCUACAACCAGUUGUCAUCUUCUGUCAGCAGGUGAAGGUUUGUCCCCCUGCCCCAAAUCUGGGGUUUCUUCAGUGAUCCCUCCUUUCUGCCUUCUAUUUAAAUUGCUGGGAUCUAUUUUUAUGUGUAUUAUUCUUGGGUGUAAAUCAAAAUGUUUUAAAAUGUUUUACUUCUGUUAGCCAUCUUGGGUAGAAUAUGAAUUCUGUAAAUAAAUAACACAACUGAACUUUUA